AUGGCGGAUCUCGAACCCCAGCAGGUUCGCCGCUUCUCGGCUGAUAACCAAACGGUGUCCAAAUCGGAGAUCCCCCUCAAGGAACGAUUCUUUCGUUACUUCCAAUUGGAAAUUACUGCUCUUCAACAGCAAAUGGACCGACUUGCCGAUACCUCCCUAGUGGGCGGGGAGCGCGCUGAUGCCACCGAUCACUGUCUGGCUGGCAUUGUGCAUCUCUCCAACGAGGUCAAAGAUGCAGCCAGUUACAUUCCGACCUACGAUCAAAGAGUUUACGCGGAAGCCAUCAAAGCCCUGCAGGAGAAGCUCAAUGAGACACGAGCCGCCUUUGAACCCCGAGCCAAGUUCAGCUUCAAGACCAAGAAGAACGGAUCUGCGGUCUCUUUGUCGGACGCGGCAUCGCUGGCCGCGGAUGGUCGCCGGAGUAUUCCGGGCUAUCGCUCCCCCGGUGCUUCGUCACUGGGCUCUUCCACUGCCAAUACACCCAACUACCCUUCCACCCCGUUGAAUGAACCCGACAAGCAGCUUCAGGAGAGGCCCGAAAUUGCUCCCACCUCUUUCCCUGUCACAUCCGACCCUGAUUCAAAACCCCGGUCUUCCCCUGAGACCAAGUCAACACCCACAUACGAGGUUCAGGGAAUCUCCAAUGUUUCUGUGGACAACCACAAGGGUCUGCACAUCAUGCUGCCUGCCUCUGGUUCCGGCCCCACGGUCCCCGCUUCUAUCACAUCUCUCCGGCAUUGCAUUGUGGACAUGUCGAUUCCGACUGCGGACGGCAAGCCCUACGCCAGUCUGACUGUGAAGAAUAUUGAAGAAAGCUUGUUGAUUUGCGGACAAGUGAAUGGACCAGCGCAUAUCACUGGAAUGACUCGCAGUAUCAUCGUCGUCUCAUGCCGACAAUUCCGCAUGCACAACUGCUCCAACGUGGAUGUCUACCUCAGCUGCUCCAGCAACCCCAUCAUCGAGGAUUGCUCUAACAUCCGCUUUGCCCGAAUCCCCAAGGCCUAUGCGCUGGACCAUGAUCGACUUGACCAUGACGAUCGUUGGAGUCAAAUUGAGGACUUCAAGUGGAUCAAACCCGAACCCAGCCCCAACUGGAGCCUGUUGGAUGCGAGCGACGCGAUUCCCGAAGAGGUCUGGGCGGAGAUUGUACCCGGUGGACCGGGCUGGUCGCUGGAGGAUAUCCUCCAUGCCAUCAAGCUGGUGAAGUAUUGA